AAGAUAAUGUUAGAGGAGUUGUCUCUUCGCAUAAUCUUCACAUUCAUCUAUCUAAAUUUUCUAAUAGGCGAACACGAAAAGACACGUGUGUGAUUAAAACCGAUAUUAUAUCUGUAUCACGAUGAUCCUUCGAGGAUAUCUAAUUAUUUAUUCUCUCAUUGGUUUCGCGUGGUUGGUUACGUGCGACACAAUCUCAAAAGAACCGACCGUGCUGAUUAGUGUCCUCGUUAGAAAUAAGGCACACACGUUGCCGUACUUUCUGAGUUUGUUAGAGAAUCAAGAUUACCCAAAGAAACGAAUAAGUUUUUGGAUACGCAGCGACAACAAUGUUGACAAUUCGAUCGAGAUAUUGAAUAAAUGGAUUAGUUCGAGGAGCAAGAUAUAUCAUUCGAUGAAUGUACAUUUAAAUGCAUCAUCGACAGGUUUCGAGGACGAAAGAUCGAUCACCGAUUGGUCGCCUCGCAGAUUUGCACAUAUAAUAGAUUUGCGUGAACAAGCGCUUGAUUAUGCAAAAGAAAUAUGGGCAGAUUUUAUUUUGAUGCUGGAUGCUGACGUUUUUUUGAUCAAUCCAAGCACUAUUCGUAAUUUGAUACAUAAGGGGUAUACUGUUGUUGCGCCUUUAUUAAGAUCGGACGGCAUGUAUAGUAAUUUUUGGGCUGGAAUGACAGCGGAACAUUAUUAUUUGCGAACAGAGCUCUACGAGCCGAUCCUAUUUCGCGAGAAAAUUGAUUGCCAUAACGUUCCCAUGAUCCAUAGCGCAGUACUUAUAGAUCUGAGAAGACGCUCCUCUGAUUAUCUUACCUAUAAGGCCGAAAAAUUGAUCGGUUAUGAUGGACCAGUGGAUGAUAUCAUAACUUUUGCCAUAGGAGCAAAUAAAUCAGAUGUGUCAUUGUUCGUGUGUAACGAUGAUGUUUAUGGUUUUAUUAUGGUACCUUUGGAGAAUGAUGAGACUAUCGCAGAAGAUAUGCAACGGUUGACUAAUACUAAGGUGGAAAUGUUAGCAUUUAGCGAUUAUUUGCCGUUGUCGGAUGAUUUAAAAGAAUUCGUGAUAUAUCCGGAGAAAGACACUCUGGGUGUGGAUGACAUUUACAUGAUAAAUCUAUUAAGAAGACCGGAGAGACGUAGAAGAAUGCAAAGACUUUUCAAAGAACUCGGUAUUCGAGCGGAAAUUAUAGAUGCUGUGGAUGGUAGGACUUUGAACGAGAGUUCUCUGAAGAAAUGGGGCGUGAUACCGAUGUCCGAAUAUUCGGAUCCUUAUCAUAAAAGACCAAUGACGAUGGGCGAGAUUGGCUGUUUUCUGAGUCAUUAUAUCGUAUGGAAGAAGGUAUUAGAGCACGGUUAUAAAAGCGUUAUGGUGUUGGAGGAUGAUGUUCGCUUCGAGCCAUUUUUUCGACAGAAGGUCGAUUACAUUUUGGCGGAAUUGUCUAAUCUCAGACUUGAAUGGGAUUUGAUAUACAUGGGAAGAAAAAAAUUGGUGAAAUCAGAGAAUCUAGUGGAAGGAUCUAAAUUUUUGGUACGAGCAGGAUAUAGUUACUGGACUCUUGGUUACAUCUUGUCGGAAAGCGGAGCGAAAAAAUUGAUCGAUGCUAUGCCUCUCAAGAAAUUAAUUCCCGUUGAUGAAUUCCUUCCGAUUCUUUCGGAUACGCAUCCUGAGAAACAGUGGGCGGCUCAAUUUCCCACUCGGGAUUUGAUUAUCUUAUCUACGAAUCCACUUUUAAUUUAUCCGUCGCAUUAUACCGGCGAGGAUGGACACAUUAGCGACACGGAAGACUCAAAACUCGUGCAUAAUACUUUUAUCGACAACUUGGAAAAAAAAGAAGAACUAUAAUCAAACGGAAAUUAUAAGAUAAGAAAAAAUAGCAAUUUAUCUAGUCGAUGAAAUCUACCAAUAAUCUAUUUUAUAUAACAAAUUGAAACAUUUUUUAACGUAAAAUACCUAUACUGCCAUUAUAUUGCCAUGUACUAUUAAUUUGUAGUUUAUAAUCAAUUAGCAUAUAAUAUAUGGCCAUUUAAAUGUCGCCAGUUUUUUAUUAUUAUACAAACAGCAAAGAUAAUGCAUCAGUGGCGAAAUAAAACACCGCUCUGCGUUGAUCGUACUUUGCCACGCUUAUAUUUAGCUCGAACGGAUUCGAAGAUGUAGGAAAUGAAAUGAUUUAGGAAUUAAUUUCUCGUUAAUUAUUGCAAAAAUUGUAAAUUGAUAAGACUUUUCGAUUCACACAGUUCAGUCUGCUUUAUGUGCCCAGAGAUGAUGCAAUCAUUAUUUGGACACAGUGUGUAUAGGAAUAUGUAUACAGGAAUAUCCUAUAUAUCUUAUACCUUUUCACAGAAGAAAAAGAUGCUAUAAUUUUAUAGAUUCCUUUGAAGACAUAUUUGUUUAAGUAUAGAUA